AUGGAUUUUGUGCGAAUGAUAUGCUGUUGUACUGUGAAUGAAGAUGAUAAUUUUGCCCCUUAUGAAAGACUACAAGAAUCUAAUGUGACUUCUGUUAGGAACCGUCAAGAGGGAUACACUAAUGGAGGGUCAGAUUAUGUGGAUCGUGCACAGGCCACAUCAAAAGAUGCUGCUGAACAGCAGGUGCAAGAACAGUACAGUAGAAUUUUGGAUUCCACUCAAAAUAGCAUAAUCGAUCUUUCCCACUUGGAUGGUGCUCGCUUACCAACCUCUGAUUACAUUAGCAGAGCCAGACGGUAUGAAGAAUGUAUAUCGUCUCACGAUAAUCGCGUCGCCAAAAACAACUCCUUCUCUUCUAAACCUUACGCAGGAGGAAUUCUAUCAGAUUCCAGUAAUCGCGUAGCUGAUUACUUAGGGCGCCCUGCCAUCUCCUCAAACGUUUUGAGUAUGGUCCUGGAAUUCGCUUCCAAAGCUGAAAACGCAGUAGAAGCUAUACAAAUCAGUAAUAAAGAGGAUCUUGUUGCACAUAUGGAUUUCUAG